GUGUAUGCGCAUGCGCGGGAGGUGCGAAAAUGGUGUCACCCAGCUCCCCAGCCUCCAGUAUGGAAACUCUGUGCUCUCCUCGACCAGCAAUCACGCACCCGUCCUAGGUCUCCAGCUUUCUUCCACUGCCUGCUUUUACACUGUCCGUGACCAAGCCAUCAGGUUGCCAGGCGGCCCAUCCUUACUGAGUUUUAUGUCAGAUGCGGCUGUGUGUCCCGACCCCUCACUUCUGAGGGACUGCGGCUUUGACCCGUUCUGCCGCUCUGCUGGAGGGUCUCAAUCAACACUGGCCAGGUGCCGACCUCACCCAGGAACUUUCGCGGGACCAUGCUGCUGCUGCUGCUGCUGCCCAGAGACUGCAGUCGGGUGCCAGCCUGCCCCAGAAAAAGUUGACGCGAUUGUGUAGCAGCAGCAUUUCAGGGAUUAUGGAAAAUCACAACACACACCUGGCACCAGGCUUCAGUCCCGACAACCUUGUUUCAGCACCAGCAAAUGUGGUUGUUCUCCCGGGUCCACUGGGGCCUUUGCCUGCGGGCACACAGCCUCUACCCGACGUCCUCCGAGCAGGGAAACCAGCUUUCCCCAUGUGGCCUGAAGACCCCGGACUUCACUCUGCUCCUGGGGAUUCGCCCUUCUCACCAGAGCACCACCAGAGCCUGGCCACCCAGUGGCCCCGUUGCCCCGAUGGAUCCACUGAACCUGUCCUGGUACGAUGAUGAUCUGGAGAGCCAGAACUGGAGCCGGCCCUUCAACGGGUCCGAAGGAAGGACCGGAAAGCCUCACUACAACUACUACGCCACGCUUCUCACCUUGCUCAUCUUCGUCAUCGUCUUCGGCAACGUGCUGGUCUGCAUGGCCGUGUCCCGCGAGAAGGCGCUGCAGACCACCACCAACUACCUGAUCGUCAGCCUCGCCGUGGCCGACCUCCUGGUGGCCACGCUCGUCAUGCCCUGGGUUGUCUACCUGGAGGUGGUGGGCGAGUGGAAAUUCAGCAGGAUUCACUGUGACAUCUUUGUCACUCUGGACGUCAUGAUGUGCACAGCAAGCAUCCUGAACCUAUGUGCCAUCAGCAUCGACAGGUACACAGCCGUGGCCAUGCCCAUGCUCUACAACACCCGCUACAGCUCCAAGCGCCGAGUCACUGUCAUGAUCGCCAUCGUCUGGGUCCUGUCCUUUACUAUCUCCUGCCCACUGCUCUUCGGACUCAACAACACAGACCAGAACGAGUGCAUAAUCGCCAACCCCGCGUUCGUGGUGUACUCCUCCAUCGUCUCCUUCUACGUGCCCUUCAUCGUCACCCUGCUGGUCUACAUCAAGAUCUACAUCGUCCUCCGCAGGCGCCGCAAACGGGUCAACACGAAGCGCAGCAGCCGGGCUUUUAGGGCCAACCUGAAGGCCCCGCUCAAGGGCACCUGCACUCACCCCGAGGAUAUGAAACUCUGCACCGUUAUCAUCAAGUCCAAUGGGAGUUUCCCAGUGAACAGGAGGAGAGUGGAGGCUGCCCGCCGAGCCCAGGAACUAGAGAUGGAGAUGCUGUCCAGCACCAGCCCCCCCGAGAGGACCCGGUACAGCCCCAUACCGCCCAGCCACCACCAGCUGACCCUCCCCGACCCAUCCCACCACGGCCUCCACAGCACGGCUGACAGCCCUGCCAAACCAGAGAAGAAUGGGCAUGCCAAAGACCACCCCAAGAUUGCCAAGAUCUUUGAGAUCCAGUCCAUGCCCAAUGGCAAAACCCGGACCUCUCUCAAGACCAUGAGCCGCAGGAAGCUCUCCCAGCAGAAGGAGAAGAAAGCCACCCAGAUGCUCGCCAUUGUUCUCGGCGUGUUCAUCAUCUGCUGGCUGCCCUUCUUCAUCACCCACAUCCUGAAUAUACACUGUGAUUGCAACAUCCCGCCCGUCCUGUACAGCGCCUUCACGUGGCUGGGCUAUGUCAACAGUGCCGUGAACCCCAUCAUCUACACGACCUUCAACAUUGAGUUCCGCAAGGCCUUCAUGAAGAUCCUGCAUUGCUGACCCGCUUCCUGCCUCCCUGCCCAGGCCAGCCGGGUCUCCGUUCCUGGGAGCCGUGGAUGGGGGUGGUGCAGGGCGGACUCGGCCUUCUCUUUGUCCCCGGCAGGCUCUAGCUUGACUCCACGCCCCUCAGAGCUCGCACACCCUCACUCCGCCAGGGUAGUGCUGGGGAGCCAGGCACGGUGCCAGCCCAAGGGCUGGACCCCUGGCUCAGGGGCGGCUCAUAGAGCCCCCCCCCUCCCACCUCUAGGCCCUCUCCCCUUGGCACCAAAGACACAGCCGCCCUCUCUGACCUUUCUCUGGGCUUCUGGGGUCACCAGGAACAGGCGCAAGGCUCAGAGGCUGUGCUUUCUGUGGGGUUUGGCCUGGUCUUCGUAGGCCUGUGCUGGAGCGGGCAGUGUGGAGGGAUGGACGGUUCCCACCCCACGAGGCCCAUGCCUGGGAAGCCAGAGCUCUUGCCAAGGCCCCAGGAAACUCAGUCCUGGGAGACCCAUGUAAAUACCAGACCACAGGGUGAGCCCCAGAGAAGCCCAAGCCAAAAAUCUUCAUUCACUCCCUUUCCUGCCCGAUGGGAGCCUCUGUUUCCACAGCAGUGGCUCCCACCCCACCCCACCCACCCCACUGUGCCUCCAGCAACCCAUGUCAUUUCCACACCUGCUGAGGGCAGGAACCCUGGGCUUGAAAGGCCCCAGGAAGGUCUGCGGGGAGCGGAACGUCCCCCAAGCCCAUGCUGCUGCCUCCUAACUGACUCGGUGCAUCCCUUCUCUAGCAACUGUUGGGCCAACCUGUGAGAGGGCAGGGAAGGUGGGCUUGUGGCCGCAUCCGGGGUCCGGGGUGGAUGUUGGUUCUCUGGGGGACUGCCUCCUGCCACACUCUGCCGCAAAACCACUCUCCUUUGCCUUUUGCCUCUCCUCUCUCCUGCCCCCUUCCCCUUCCACUUUCUCCACGUUAGAGGAGCCCGUGGUGAGGGGGCUGCUGAAUACCACUUAGCCUGGGCUGGCCCUGCCCUGAGGGAGGAGGGAGGUUGCAGUUUGUGGGCGGGGCCCUGGGUCCCAGACUCUGUAACAUCACUACACAUGCUCCAAACUAAUAAAACUUUGACAAGAGUCAUA